GGGAUCGGGAGUCGGUGCGUUAGGGUGAACAACUAGGUCUACCCAGACAUUGACAAUACAGUAAUAAACAUACUUGUAUUAUAUUCUACGAGAGCGUACGCUUCUAAGACGAAUUUAUUUUGAUUCGGUGAUAGGUUGUGUACGAACUACCUGGAAUUAUCAGCAUAAUUCAUGGGCAUGUAAUGGACGAGGAGGCCCAGAUUUUAGGCCACUAUGAACUGUUGUCAGAAAAUGUGAAGAUUUAUGAACUUUCAGGAUGUUAAUGGUUUUGGAAAAGGUAUGACAGCACCAACUCUAGAGCAGAAUCCUAUGGACUACGACAAUGCAAUUUUGCAUCCCAAGAAGUAUUUCUCCCAUCUCUAUCGAGGAAGCAUACCAGAGUUCUACAAUAGGAUCCCACAUAACGGCACACAAACGUGUGCACUUGUGCAUGAGAACCAGGAACUGGACAGGCCAGCAAGAUCGCAACUAGGGUAUCGAUAUGGACUAAGUGUGGGCAAGCUCAUAGACAGAAUCAACAGCAAGGUGGAAGUUAGGAAACUGGACACAAUUGCAGAUGAUAAUACGUGUAUAGUAAGAUCGACUUCCCCAAAACCUGAAAGGGUACACAAACCAGAAACAGACAUUAGAACAUUAUUAUCAGAUGAAGCAGAUUGUUCUGGUGAGACCAGUGCAGAUAUACCAGACAGUACAAUGACUAGUGAGGGGGCACAGAAGAAGGAAAGAUGUUGGUCACUGGGGACUCAGAAUCCUUGUCAAGUGUGUGGGGACCGGGCAGCUGGGUUCUACUGUGGAGCAUUUGUUUGUGAAGCUUGCAAGAAAUUCUUUAUGAGAGCUUCAAGACAAGUAAAAGUGAAGUACAUUUGUCUGAAGGCAAAGAAUUGUGUGAUUACGAAAGAAAGUCGAGUCCAAUGUCAGUAUUGCAGAUUCCAAAAAUGUCUCUCCUUAAACAUGAGUGUCCCAGGUCAGAAGGAAAGUGUAACAAAGGAAGAAAGUAGUAUCAGUACCAUUCCGUGUCAGGUGUGCAACGCUCCAUCUUCUGGCUUCCACUUUGGUGCACUAACAUGCGAAGGCUGUAAGGGAUUUUUUCGACGUAUAGUUAAAGAAAAAGGAAGUAAACAAUUUUCUUGUUCAAAGUCUCAGAAUUGUGAGGUUACAUCUGGAACAAGAAAUUUAUGCAGAGCUUGUCGUUACCAAAAGUGUAUUGAUGUUGGAAUGUCUAUAACAGCAAGCAGAAUAGGAAGACAACCAAAUUCAGUAAGGCAUGCCAUUAACCUUGAACUUCAAAAAGCAAAGAGUUCCAGUUCCUCCACUGUAAGCUCAAGUAAUAUAGACUUCAAGAGCUUAAAUAAUCCAGGCCUUGACUUCACCGCUGCUUCAACAAGCUCUGAUAUAAGAAUUUCAGAAGCUGAGCCAGAUCAGUUGAAUGGGCCAAAACCUGAUCAGACUAGUGGUUCAACUCUUUGCAGUGAGGAAAUUAGUUCAAGAAUAAAGCAGAAACCUUUGAAUUGUGCUCUGAAAGACAAAGAAAAAUGUCAGCACCCUAUUGUGUGUGAUAGUGCAUUAACUCCUCCUCCUCCUCCUCCUCCUGUCUGUAGUAUCUCAUCAAAGAUGGACUUUGAAGAAGUGAAGGAAAACAUGGAAGAUAUUAACAAAGCUUUAAUGGACGUUCGAAUGAGAGAAGAACAGUCUGUGGAAAUUAUGAGACAAUGUUUUCAUGGCAGAGCAGCUGUUUGGAAAGUACUUACAGAGAUUUUUAAUCAGAAGUCUAAGAAACUGGUUGCUGCUUUGAAAAUGUUCCCAGUCUUUAAAAUCUUGGAGCUGAAUGAUAGAAUAACUCUGGUUCAAGAAUCCAUAUAUUCGGUUGGAGUCUUAAACUUGUCUCUUGAUUUUGUGUUGGAAACAAAGGACUACAAUUUCUUUGGCUGCUCGAAAUCUGAAGAGAGGAAAAUCCUCGAAUUCUUUCCAGAAUAUACAUCAAUUAGAGAAGAUCUCCUGCAUGUUGGACAUUUAAUCAAGACUGUCGGAUUUGAUGAAAUAGAAAUAACCUGCCUAACUGGAUUACUGACAUUCAAUGCAGACUCACUAAAUCUGGAGAAAAGGGAAAGUGUGGAGGAAGCACAGAAGUAUGUAAUGUCAUUCCUUGAGGAGUAUGAGGAAAAAAAGUUUAAUAACUGGGAGCUGAGGUUUGGCAUGUUAGUUCUACGAAUCGGAGAGCUGAUAGGUUUAAAUCGAAGACAUCUCGCCACAAUGACCAAAGUUUUCCAGUCCUAUCCAGACAUCGAAAUAUCUCAGUUAAUGAAGGAAAUGUUUCGAUAUGACCUAUAAUGGUUGUGUUAUAGUUCUGAUCUUUCAUGUGGCUGUGCAAAGAAAAUGAUUAUCAGCAUCAAAUAUGUUAAAAGGCCUUCAGGUGAAACAGGUCUUUUGAAAAUUUUAAAAACUUUAUUUGUUUUGUACAUGUAUACAUUAAUGUUUAUCAUUGCUAGAUAAUUUCUUUGAAAUGUAUAUUUACUUAAAUGCAUGAGAAUUUUUCAUUCAUGAAAAUAGGCUUUACAUUAAGUUAUAUGACUUUGAGGCUCAAUAAAACUUUUCUGAUCCAAGUUUGUCUGGCAUCUAUCUAAUGCUUCUGUUGAAUAAUAACUUUUUAAAUUUUUUCAAUAUCACUAGACCAUGCAAUUUCAAAGAAAGAAGCUUUGCAUUUGGGUUAAUGAAAUCUAAUUUGUAGCUCACCGGGAUGACUGUCUGGAGAACUAUUGUCAUGACCCUGGUGUCAGCAAUGGCGUCACACUUUCAGGAAAAAACUUUAACCUGGGCUAUAUCAUUUGAACCAAGGGGAAUAGGGUUUUCAUAUUUCACAUAUACUGUAGAUGCCUCAUGAAGAGAUCGUUGCUUUGGUACCAAGACUUUUGACCUAGUGACCUUUUACUGUGGACUUAAUUUGACCUGCGUUUUAAAAACUUUAACCUGAGCUAUAUCUUUUGAACAAAGGAAGAUAGGGUUUGAUAUUUCACAUGUAGAUGCCUCAUGAAGAGACCUUUGUUGUGGUACCAAGACAUUUGACCUUGUGACCUUGGUCUUUGACAAACUUAAGGGAUAUAGUUUAAGUAGAGUCAUGCUUCCUGGUGAGCUAUGUUGUCUUCUGACAACUCUUGUUUAGGUCACUCUGUGGACUUGUCUUCUUCUUUUGUUGUCCAUAAAAAUUUGAACAUUCUAAAUUUCUUGGAUACCAAUGGACCGAUUUUUACCAAAUUUGGUAUACUGCAAAAUAUUUUGUAUUAGACACACUUUUCCCAGCCUAAAAGUGGGGUCUACAAUACAUAGGACUAAAAAGAUCAUAUGUUAGUCUGGUUCAUCCUAUUUAUACUCCCCAUAAAUGUCUGGACCCUUUGUUCAAUAUUUUUUCUUAAAGCAAGGCGUAUUGAAAUUUAGUUGACACCAAUUGUUUAGUUAAUUAAGGUAAUGUCUCAUACAAGCUGCUUUUAUUCAACCUGUAGAAAAUGAAUGCAUAAUUUACUGAAAGAAAAACAGAUUCUGUUGAGAGUGAUGCAGUUUAAUUUUUUAGGUCACUUAGGUGACCUAUUUUUAAUUGUUACACCAUUUUUUUUAGUCAAUUGAUGUAAUGCCUUCAUCCACAAAAGCUGCUUUAGGUCAACCUGUAGAAAGUGAAUGCAUAAAUUUUCACUGAAAGAAAGUGACCAAAAUUCCACACUUGUGACCUAAAAAUGUGCUUUGUUGUAGACAAUAUUGUAUAAAACCACAAUAGUCUAAUUUCUUACACAGGUUGCUAUAAGGAAUUUAUGUCUAGUGCAAGUUUAUUGAGGAAAGAAAUCCUUAAUUCAAAAUAAAAGAUGUUGCUUUCAGCAUGCUUUCAUUUGAAAUUCAAUGUUUUGAAAUAUUUUGAAAAUGAAGUUUUACAGGUUUGAAUCCAAGUUUUGUUGUACAAUAUUGUCAGUUAUUUUAUAAGUAUAUAUUUUUUAUAUCUACAUUGAGCAAAAUUAUAAAAAGAACUCGUAAGAUAAGGGUCUUGACCUACCGUGUAUUAAAUUCAACCUUUUGCUUUUGUAAUCUACGACUGAUUUAUUUGCAUUUACUAAUUUUGUCUGUUGUUGGUGUUAACACACCAUAAGCAAAUUACACAUCAAUUAUUACAUUAGAGUAAUGCACUGUUAUUUAUUGGACUUUAUAAAAAACGUGUCAAUGAAUUUUUUUUUCAAGACGCAUUGAAUAAUAUAAGUGUAUUAAAGAUUGGCCUUCUAUCGGUAUAAUAAAAUAAAGGCAAUCUCUAAAGCUUACAGGAAGCAUGAAACGAUUACAUAAAUCGAAAAUUAGCAUGGAAUAAACAGGGAAUCCACACAUUUUGGAGAAAUUAUCGCCGCAAAAAAGUUGAGUUGGGGGGGGGGGGGGUAAUAGUAUCCAUACUUCAGGUGCCUGUGGGUCAGCUAGCAGCUCACCCUCAGUAAAAGUACAUCCAAAGGUUUACGUUGGAAUGUAGAACGUGAUAGAGGGGGAAAUCUUUUCAUGAACAAAGAAGUAGGUAAAGUUUCUAAAGUCAUUCGGCCCAAAAUAUCGAUGAUUUCACUUGGAGCUCAAACUCUGGCAUUCAAAUAAGGAAUGGAUUGGCAAACCCAAAAUCCGCCCAGUUUGAUCAGCAAAAUGAUUUGUGUCAUAUGACGAGAGCUAGAAGUUGGCAUAAAAUUGCAAAAAUGUCAUUUUCAAUGAAAAUAUCCACAAAUUCAGGUGGUUUUCUUCUCAGAAAACAUACAGUGCAUGCGUCGAGCAAAUUCAUAUUCAGGUAUGUUUUUCAUCUUAAAAUAAUACACAAUAUAUAUCAUUUUCAUUUUGCUCGACAAAUGCGCACAUCUUUUCCUGAGCAAUAAUCUGUAUGACAUUUGACAGUUUUCAAGCUUAUUUUUAAAAAAAGGUGGGAAAUGUCUUAAUCAUGAUGUCAUAAUGCUAUCCAAUUAGGAAUAUCAUUCUGAUUUUGUUGACAUUGUAUACCUGGCAUACAUUUUACUUUCUUAAAACGCUAAUUAAGGUUAAUUCCAGACACAUUUUAUAGAGAGAAAAAUUUUGGGCCUCUUUAUGUAUACAAUCGUACCUUGUUCUUCCCAUGUUGUGUAGAUUCAGGGUUUUAAAGAUAUUUAUAUUGAUUCAGGUUUGGUGCAGGGAUCCAAAUAGUGAGGCAAUUCAGGAGAGCACUGUGGUCCAUAGUUGCACUGACUUUCAUUUAACUACAUCAUUUUGUUUGAAUUAUGUUACUGUUAUGUUAGAUAAAAUGCCAUAUUUUUCUAGAGGAUGAAAAUAUUGUGCCUGUAAACUUACCUCUUCAAUUCCAAGUUUUGCUAUUGUGUGGGUUUGCAUGACUGGAUUGAACAAGUUGUGGAGUAAGAGUGAGAUAGCACAAAUGUGUACAUUUAAACUUGCAUAAUUUAAUUUCACUUGAGAAACACAAUUUCAUUGCUGCAUUUGACUUUUUCAAAAUUACAUGUAUAUCUUGUAAAUAAAGUCAUGCCAUAUGGCAUCCUAAGAUUGAUGCCAAAAUGCGACUUUGACAUACAAUGCCUUUGGCACCUCCAUUUCUAUUUUGUUUUUACAACUAUAUUGCUCAGCAUCAUAAAAAAAUUACAUUUUCUUCAUAUUAAUUGUUUAUCAUAUUACAUCAUAUCCAUAUUUCAAAGAAUGAAAGUAAUUUUUACUCAUUUCACAUGAUAUCAAGUAAGUUAGGACAAUUUACACACUUUGUAAACCACUUAAGUUUGUGGUUUAUAAUGAGUAAACUGUCUCAACCUUUUAUAUCAUAUAACAUGAGUAAUAAUAACUUCCAUUCCUUAGUUAGAAUAAAGCAGGUGUGCUUAUCUAGUUUUGCAGUUUACAUGUGGAAGAUUGGUGUGGCAUGUCAGAUAGAUGUAUAACUUUUGGUGCUAACAGGCUGGACUUCGUGUUAGAUAUUUUGUACAGGAGUACCUUCUAAAGUGAAACAUUGUUUAGUCAUCUGAUUAUGAUUUUUGUUUUGCCUUAUCCAUGUUCAUGAACAGCAUGCUAAGAUGUCCUGUUUACUGGUUAUUUCCCAGUCUACAUGCAAUAUUAUAAUGUAGAUGUCUUAACACAAGGCAUAGUGUAACAUAUUGUUUUGAUUAUUUUGAGAGUUUAUUCUGUUGAGUACCAGCAGGUAUUGUUUAUGUAACUCCAGACAUGUAUACGUAAAUGUUGCAGGUGGAAGAAAUUACCACAGCCUCUAUUGUGACUAAAAAAAUCUCAUUCUUGAUCAAUUAUACAAUAUUAAACAGAAUGAAUAUUGGAUGAUGGCAAAAAAUACAUUUUCCAAAACAGAAAUGCUGGUCUGUUAAAAGCUACAUUCCAUACUUUUACAGGUAUAUGCUGAAAAUUUGAAAUAAAUUAGUUCAAAUGAAUUUAUUAGUCCCCUACCAGCAGAGCUGAAGGGAACUACGGGGUCUGUCAGUCUGUCUGUAAAAUUUUCAUCUUCUCCACCAGAACCACUGGGCCAAUUUCAAUCGUAAAUGGUACAAAUUAUCCUUGGUUGAAAUGUGUUCAAAUAAAAGUUCAUUCUCCUUCAAUGGGGAGAUUGUCAAGAAAAGGCAAAAAUAGGGUUUAAAAAAAUCUCCUCCUCAAGAGCCACUAGUCUAGAAAAGUUUAAAUUUACAUGAAAGCUUCCUGGCAUAGAGCAUAUUCAAAUUUAUUCAAAUCAUGGUCCCAGUGGUUAGGGUGGGGCCACAAUAGGGGAUCAAAGCACAGGGGCUAAGCCCGUUUUGGGCCCGAACUCUGUGAUACCAUAAAUUACGCAUAGCUUACCUAGUUAGAUUUUUUAGGCAUUUGAAGUGAGUGGUUAGUUUUUUAUCUGUGUCAGAGUUAGACCCCUUUCUAUAUUUAUGGUAUCACAGAGUUCGGGCCCAAAACGGGCUUAGCCCCUGUGGAUCAAAGUUUUACAUGCAGAUAUAUAGGGAAAAAAAAUCUUUUUCUCAAGAACCACUAGAACCAGAAAAAUUGAAAUUUUCAUGAAAGCUUCCUUACAUAGAGUAGAUUUAAGUUCAUUUAAAUUGUGUCUCCCAGGGGUAGUGUGGGACCUCAAUAUGGGGUCAAAGUUUUAUAUAAAAAUAUUUUAGAAUCUUCUCAAGAACAACAGGACCAUGAUAUUCAUGUUAAUAUGCAAAGUUCUCUAAAUAGUGCAGAUUCAAAUUGGGGCCACAGUAUAUUGGAAAACAUAAAAAAUCUUCAUCUCAACAACAGUAGGACCAUGAUUAGUCAGAACUGAUUAUCUUCAGAUAGUUUAAAUUCAAGUUUGUUCAAUUUAAGGGUCCUGGGGGUAGCGUGGAUCGACAAUAGGAGAUCGAAGUUUUAUAUGAGAAUAUACAAAAAAUUAAUUUUUAAUUUUUUUUUUCAAGAAUAGCAAGGCCACAUUGAAUUUUAUCAAAAUGUAAAUGUUCCCAAGUUGAGUGAAUUCAAGUUUUUUUUAUGCCUUUACAACUAUGGUCAUGGGGCAUAUUGUUCUCUCUUGUCUUUCCGAAACUUUAACCUAGUGCUCAUAACUUUUGAAUGGUGAGUGAUAGGGCCCUCAUAUUUCAUAUGCAAACGCCUUGUGACAAGACCUUUUUCAUUGGUAUAACCUUGUGACCUUGACUUUGGAGUGAAGCCUUACAUUUCAUACAUGAUCUUUGACCUUGGGAGUUUGACCUUUUCAAAACUGUGAUAGGGCUCUCAUAUUUCGUAGAAGCAUUCCUUGUAAUAAAACCCCCCUUUUUGGUACCAUAGUUUCUGACCUUGUGACUUUAACCUACUUUUAAGUGUAUCCUUGACCUUCUCUAGAACAGCAAGGUCAUGUUAGUCAUAUUGGUGUUGAGGCAUCAACAUGUGUGAAUUCAAGUUCUUCUAUGUUGUGACCCUUUGGGGCUAUACACUGUAUUUCAGCCACAAUACGGGGUCAACAAUUUUCAUGGGAAUAAAGAUUGAAAAAAAAAAAAAUUUUUAAAAAUCACAGUAGCAGGGCCAAGGUGAAUGAUGUGGCCCAUGGGUUUCUUGGAUUUUUUUUUAAUGCAUAGAAAAUAUAUUAACUUAUAUUGUUAUUUUCUAGUGUUGUAUUAUUACAGACUUUUGAAGUAUUGUACACAGUACUGAUGACAAUCCAUUAUAUUGAUAUUCAUAAUAACUAAAUCAAGUUUGAUCUCUGUGAGAUACUGUAAGUAUCAGAGGUUGUGUGUGAGACACUGUGUACUCAGGUUGUUGUGUGUGAGACACUGUACUCGGGUUGUUGUUUGUAAAUUGUUCUGAAGAUGUUUAUUGACAGAUAAUAUAUUUAAAUUAAAUCAUUAUUUGUAUUUUAUGCAUAUCAUAAAAUAUAGUCAUUUUUGUUUAUGUCAGGUAUACAAGAAAGCUUUUACUUGAGGCUGUGUGGUCUGAUGCACAUGAACAGGAGUUCCUAACAUCGUUGACAAAUGUAUUUAAGGUGUUACCUCACUAUAUUUACUUUAUAAGUGAUCUUUCUACUAUUUUCUUUUAAAUGCAUAUGAUUUCAGGGAUUUAAUUUAGGGGAAAAUGAUAACUUUUUACAGCAGCAUAAAAAAAAAUGUUUAUGCUUUGGAAGAGAAAUCUCAAGUCAUAUAUAUAGCUUUAAACAACUGGAUUGUGGAAACCAUUUUGUUGUCUUUAUGGGGGAUAUAAUGGUCAUAUAUGGCAUUGUAUGAAAAUUAAAUGACAUUCUUUAAAGGGUGUCAUGAAAAUUUUCCUACAACACUGUCACUGUUAUUUUUGCUGAUAAUGCUGAUAACACUACAUGACAGCAAAGAUGGAUGGUUGCAUGAUUUUUUGAUAGUCAAGUUGAAAGUUUGUUUCCUUUGGGUGUGUGUGAUAAUUCACUGCAAAACAUUUAUGAAUAUUAACAAAUUUCUUUUAUUUUUUUCAUAUAUAAUUUUGCUUAAAAUGAUGAACAUUUCAGAUCAACGAAAAAUGACAAAUGUUGUAUUCUCUGUUUUUGAAUGGUGGUUUGUCAUUGUGCCAAGUACUGCUUUACUCAAUGUUAACAUAGGAACUCAAAAGUCUACAACAGAGUUGAUAAUGAAUUAAAACUGUUUAAUAUAAAUAGUUUGCAAUGUGCACUUAUCAAUUCUUAUAAUAGAUGUGAAUCAAUUCACACAAAACAAAAACAUUCCUUAAUGUUGAAAUUGAUAAGUUAUGUGUAGAGUUAAGUUUUAUGCAUUGAAAAUUUAGAAAACAAUUUUAUGUAAAAAUAAAUGGCUUUUUUUAGGGUGUAUGAUGAUGACUAGUUUGAUCAAGUGCUAAUGGACUUUGCUGUUUAAGAUUAUAUUAUCAAAUGAUCCAGUGUUUCUGUCACAAACUAGACAGUUACUAGUAUAAAACAAUUUAAAUGUUAGAUGAAUAUUGGUAUACCAUGAAUGAUGUAGUCUAUAAUUUUAUCAGACAAUUAUUAUUAUCCUGAAAACUUUACUGUACGUACUAUUAUAUAAUGGCAGUAAAGCCUAUCUGUGAUGAUCUAAAGGAUGGAGAAAUUAUGUUGAUAGUUUGCUGUAAAAAAUUACAUUGUUGAUGUAGUGUCCAGUCAAACAAGUUUUGUCUGACACAAAUUGUUUUGUUGUUAAAUUAAAGCAAGUUACUCAAAUAA